UGUGAAUCUAAGAAGAUCGACCGCCGCAUGUAUCACAGCCUGUAUCUGAAAGUGAAGGGUAACGUGUUCAAGAACAAGCAUAUUCUCAUGGAACACAUCCACAAGCUGAAGGCCAACAAGGCUCGCAAGAAGCUUAUGGCUGACCAGGCCGAGGCCCGCAGAUCUAAGACCAAGGAGGUUUGCAAGCGCGCUGAAGAGCGGCUCCAGGCCAAGAAGGAGGAAAUCAUCAAGAGUCUGUCCAAGGAGGAAGAGACAAAUAAAACUCCCUGUCUUUUGUCUGUACAUAGUGGCCUCCGCAGUAACACAGAUCAGUUACUCAAUAAAACCAACCUUUAUCUGCUUAAAAAAAAAAAAAAAGAAUACAUGAUGGGAUUUGUCACCAAUGAAAAAGAACAGAAUCUAUUAAGGGUACCCAACACCAUCUAUUGUGCUAUUUGCUAA